AUGGUUAAUGUCAGUUUAAUUGAAACGAUUCUUCAUGAACAAGAUGAUCCUGGUUGUUCGACUACACGAGAAAUUCGAAAUAUAUACAAUACUCGUUCAGGUGAAGAUCCAAUUAUUCAAAAUUCUGAUGAAGAUAAUGAAUUUCAAUUGAUUCUAUUAAAAGCUAUUCAAGCACUUCCUACGGCUGAUGAUAAUGAUGAUGAUGAUGAUGAUGAUGACGAUGAAGAUAAACCAAUAUCUUAUACAGUAAAACUAAAAGAUAGUGAUGAAAAAAAACCAUCAACAACAUCAUCAAUAACAAAACCAUUUUCACCACUUUUUUUAAAUAAUAUGAAAAAAUUUGGUGUUUCAAGUGAUUGGCUUGCUAAACGAUCAAAUUUAUUACGUCAAACAACAUAUUCACGUUCAUCAGUUGAAUCAAAUACAAGUAAACUUGAUGCGAUGAUUAAAAGUGCUUCAACUAAACCAAUACGAUCAAAUAGAAAAUUAUCUUUUGUUGAAACAAUAACUACAACAACACUAACAAAUAUAGAAAUCGAUAAAGAAAAUACUGAUCCAUUAACAACAGAAAUCAAUGAUAAUAAAGAAGAAUCAAACGAAAUAACAAAAACAUCACAAGAACCUACAUCUUAUGAUUUCAGUAGUGAUAUUGAUGAAGAUAAAGAAAAUGAAAAAGAUGAUGAUUCUUCACCAACAUCAAAAGAAUUUUCACUUCGUAUUCCACGUGUUAAUCUUUCGGAUGAAGAAAAUAAACAAGUAUCAAAACGAUCAAGUUUAGUAUCAUCAGAUGAUGAAUCUAAACAAGAAAAAAUUAAACCAAAAAAAAAGAGAAAAAGUAAAAAAGAAAAAAAAACAACAAUGAACACAACGAAAAACUCAUCACCAAGUCAAGAUAAAGAUAAACAAACAACAACAAAUGAUGAUACAAAAAACUUAUCACCAAGCCAAGAUAAAGAUGAACAAACAACAACAAAUGAUGAUACAAAAAAAUCAUCAUCAAGUCAAGAUAAAGAUGAACAAACAACAACAAAUGAUGAUACAAAAAACUUAUCACCAAGUCAAGAUAAAGAUAAACAAACAACAACAAAUGAUGAUACGAAAAAAUCAUCACAAAGAAAAAGUAAAAGUGAUCAAGCACAAGCACGUAUUGAACAUUUAAAAAAAUUACUUCGAAUAUCUGGUAUUCGAUUUAUUAUUAAAAAAAAUGAAUUAGAUGAAUUUCGAUCCAAUAAAGCUAAAAUUGAUUAUCUUAAAUCACUUUUUGAUAAAGCUGGUUAUACAGGUAAUUUAUCAAUUAAAGAAUGUGGAAAAUUUCGUAAGAAACGUGACACUGAAAAAGAAUUACUUGAAAUUCAAGCAAAUGCUGUUCAUGUUAAAGGACAUAUGAAAGGUGGUCGAACAUUACGAGGAGAAGGUCGAAAUACUAAUGAAAUCGAUACGAGUACUAAACGAAAACGAACAGCAAGUAGUGAAAUUGAAGAUGAUGAACAAAACAUUGAAGACAAAUCUUCUGAUAAUGAAAGAACGACUGUAAAAAAACGGCGAAUUAUGAAAAUGGAAGCAUCACCUGAAGUUAGUGAAAAUGAAUAA